AUGGCACAGGGAAACGGGGCGAUAAGCGAUGGACUGCCUGCUCAGGACAUCCCCAUCGGUGCAGUCCCGCUGCAGACAUCCCAAAAUGGGUCCAGCUGCCUGAACAUGGAUAACAUCCAGCUUUCGAGGCUGCUCCUGGAGCACAGCGUCUCCAUCAGCUCUUAUGACAGCACACGCCGGCGGGUGGACCUGCUGUCGAGUCAUUGUGCCCCUCGCUUUGCCCGUUCCCUAACAGCGGCUGUGUUGCUGUUUGCAGAUGACGGGAGGCUGUCCCUGGAGGAGUUCCAGGCCUUUUUUUCUGAUGGGACACUCAAUGAAGAAGAACUUGAGAAGCUCUUUCAUACUAUUGACUCGGAUAACACCAACAAUGUGGACACCAAAGAGCUGUGCGACUAUUUUGCUGAUCAUAUGGGAGACUACGAAGACGUCUUGGCCUCACUGGAGACGCUGAACCUGUCCAUCCUGAAGGCGAUGGACUACACCAAACGGAGGUGGAUUUCUGGAAAAGUUAUGGAAUUUUACAGUUCAAGAAUAAUCUAAAAGGAAACAAGGCGUGUACCCAGUCGCCUGAGCUCUGUGGAGAGUGCCGUGGACGCCAUCGACGAGCAAACCAACCCCGCCAGGCACUACCCCAGCAAGGCUGGCCACGUUCUGAUGGACAGCUGGUACGACAGCCCUGUGCCCAGCUACUCUCCCACCAGCCGGAUGGUCCCCAGGGAGCACGGGAAGAGCUUCCAGACUGGUUCCUCUGACACCAAGGCGGAGGGGCUGGAGGGGCAGAUCAACAGGCUGGCCAAGCUGAUCGGCAGGCUGGAGGACAAGCCCCACCACCUCCCUGCCCUGGUUGGGACAGAGGUGACCAAGAGGUGGCCAUGCCCAUCCCUGUGCCAUGGCGUGCACGGGCCGUGGGUGGGAGCCGGGUUUCUGGUGGUGGUGGUGGUGGAGGAUAUUACAUCUGAUGAGCUGAUGGCAGCUAUUGAAUGUGGAACGAUUAACCGGAUGCCUCAUGGUUCGGGGCUCACUCCUCUCCCCACUCCCGCCAGUGUCACUGCGGUGAAGCUGCCCGAUGGGGUCACCUUCAUCGUCUACGAGUUCUGGGAGACUGAGGAGGACUGGAAGAGGGAGGGGAGGGGGUGCAAAAAGCUCGUUUUUGGGUGGGGUGCUCAGGCGCAGAGGGGUGUUGGAGCUACUGAGUCCCAAGCUCUGUCCCCUGUCUGA